AUGGGGAUUGGAGAUGUACCUGUGCCUGGAUCAUUACACUUGCAUGCUUCAUCUGUUCCAAUGUUUAAUGGGUUAAAUUUUGCUGAUUGGAAUGAACAAGUUCAAUUUCACCUUGGUGUAUUGGAUCUUGAUUUGGCACUCUUAAGUUAUCGUCCUGCUGAUAUUACUGAUUCUAGCAGUACUAAAGAAAUAGCCUAUUACAAUAAUUGGGAAAGAUCAAAUAGGUUAAGUUUGAUGUUUAUGCGAAUGACUUUUGCAAAUAACAUCAAGACAGCUAUUCUUAAAACUGAAAGUGCUAAAGAGUUUUUAAAGUUUGUCAGAGAGCGUUCCCAAAUAGUAGAUAAGUCUCUUGCUAGGACAUUAAUGGGUACGUUAACCACCAUGAACUUUGAUGGUUCAUGUACUAUGCAUGAGCAUGUUGUUGAAAUGACAAAUAUUGCAGAAAAACUUAAGACUUUAGGAAUGGAUGUAAAUGAAAAUUUUCUUGUUCAGUUCAUUUUAAACUCAUUACCAAUUGAGUAUGGACCAUUUCAAAUGAAUUAUAACACCAUGAAAGAUAAAUGGAAUGUGCAUGAGUUGCAUAAUAUUAUAGUUCAAGAGGAAACAUGA